AUUCGCUCUUUCUGUCAGUCCAUCACUCCUGUAAGGAGGGGGUCCAAGUAACGGGGACAGAUUUUGCAGAUACAGAGAACAAUAGUAACGAUCACUGUAAAGCCCGGAUAGAGCCGUUUAACAAAGCUUUUCUUACUCCCGAAGUUCCUUCCCUCCUGCCAGGAUGGAGGACGCUUAUGCCAAGAACACGGCCGAAUGUCUGGCCUACUUUGGGGUUAAUGAGACCACUGGCCUUACCCCUGAUCAAUUCAAGAGGAACCUGACCAAGUACGGCUAUAAUGAGCUGCCAGCUGAAGAGGGAAAGACCAUCUGGGAGCUGGUUGUGGAGCAGUUUGAGGAUCUGUUGGUCAGAAUUUUGCUGCUUGCUGCCUGCAUCUCUUUUGUGCUGGCUUGGUUUGAAGAGGGUGAGGAAACAGUCACUGCCUUCGUUGAGCCUUUUGUCAUCUUGCUCAUUCUUAUUGCCAAUGCUGUCGUCGGUGUCUGGCAGACACGUAAUGCAGAGAGCGCCAUUGAGGCACUGAAGGAGUAUGAGCCCGAGAUGGGCAAGGUCUACCGUUCUGACAGAAAGAGCGUCCAGAUGAUCAAGGCCAGAGAGAUUGUCCCCGGUGACAUUGUAGAGGUUUCUGUUGGUGAUAAAGUCCCCGCUGACAUCAGGAUUACUGCAAUCCGUUCCACCACCCUUCGUGUUGACCAGUCUAUCCUGACCGGCGAGUCCGUCAGUGUCAUCAAGCACACCGACCCUGUCCCCGACCUUAGAGCUGUCAACCAGGACAAGAAGAACAUGCUCUUCUCUGGCACAAACAUUGCUUCUGGCAAAGCUAUUGGCGUUGCUGUUGCUACCGGCGUGUCUACUGAGAUCGGCAAGAUCCGUGACCAGAUGGCUGCCACCGAGCAGGAGAAGACCCCACUGCAGCAGAAACUGGAUGAAUUCGGUGAACAGCUCUCUAAGGUUAUCACUCUGAUCUGCAUUGCUGUCUGGAUGAUCAACAUUGGCCACUUCAACGACCCUGUCCAUGGUGGAUCCUGGAUCCGUGGUGCCGUUUAUUACUUUAAGAUUGCCGUCGCCCUGGCUGUGGCUGCCAUCCCAGAAGGUUUGCCUGCUGUCAUCACUACCUGCCUGGCUCUUGGUACUAGACGUAUGGCCAAGAAAAACGCCAUUGUCCGUUCUCUGCCCUCUGUGGAGACCCUGGGCUGCACCUCCGUCAUCUGCUCUGAUAAGACUGGCACUCUGACCACCAACCAGAUGUGUGUGACCAAAAUGUUCAUCAUUGACAAAGUUGAGGGUGAUCAUGUUGAACUUGACUGCUUUGAUAUCUCUGGCUCCAAGUACACCCCUGAGGGUGAGGUAUCAAAGUUGGGUGCUCGUGUUGAUUGCAGUCAGUAUGACGGUUUGGUUGAGUUGUCCACCAUCUGUGCCCUGUGCAACGAUUCCUCCCUUGACUACAACGAGUCCAAGAAGAUCUAUGAGAAAGUUGGCGAGGCCACUGAGACUGCUCUGUGCUGCUUAGUUGAAAAGAUGAAUGUGUUCAAGAGCAAUGUCAACAAUCUGUCCAAGGUCGAGAGAGCCAAUGCCUGCUGCAGUGUUAUUAAGCAACUAAUGAAGAAGAACUUCACUCUGGAGUUCUCCCGUGACAGGAAAUCUAUGUCUGUGUAUUGUACCCCUACCAAAGGUGAUGCAGGCUGCAAAAUGUUUGUUAAGGGAGCUCCUGAGGGUGUGAUUGACAGGUGUACAUAUGUGCGUGUUGGCUCUACUCGCGUGCCCUUGACUGAUGUUGUAAAGGAUAAGAUUAUGGCCAUUAUCAAGGAGUGGGGUACCGGCCGUGAUACCCUGCGUUGUUUGGCCCUCGCCACACGUGAUUAUCCCUUGAAGGUUGAGGAAAUGAAACUUGAUGACUCUACUAAAUUUGCUGAAUAUGAGACUGACUUGACCUUUGUUGGCUGUGUUGGUAUGCUGGACCCUCCCCGUAAAGAAGUUACUAGUUCUAUUGAACUCUGCAGGGCUGCUGGCAUUCGUGUUAUCAUGAUCACUGGUGACAAUAAGGGUACAGCUGUUGCUAUCUGCCGUCGCAUUGGCAUCUUUGCCGAGGAUGAGGAUGUGACAGGCAGGGCUUUCACUGGCCGUGAGUUUGAUGACCUGCCCCGCUCUGAGCAGGGUGAUGCUGUCCGCAGAGCCUGUUGUUUUGCUCGUGUUGAACCUUCCCACAAGUCUAAGAUUGUUGAGUUCCUGCAGGGCUUUGAUGAGAUUACCGCUAUGACUGGUGAUGGUGUCAACGAUGCCCCUGCCUUGAAAAAGGCAGAGAUUGGCAUUGCCAUGGGCUCUGGCACUGCCGUUGCCAAGUCAGCCUCUGAGAUGGUCCUGGCCGACGACAACUUCUCUUCCAUUGUAGCCGCUGUUGAGGAAGGCAGAGCUAUUUACAACAACAUGAAGCAGUUCAUCCGAUAUCUGAUUUCUUCAAACGUUGGAGAGGUCGUCUGUAUUUUCUUGACUGCUGCUCUUGGUCUGCCUGAGGCUCUGAUCCCAGUGCAGCUGCUGUGGGUGAACUUGGUAACUGAUGGUCUGCCCGCUACCGCUUUGGGCUUCAACCCUCCAGAUCUUGAUAUCAUGGGCAAGCCACCUCGCUCUCCCAAAGAGUCUCUCAUCUCUGGCUGGCUGUUCUUCAGAUACAUGACCAUUGGAGGAUAUGUGGGUGCCGCCACCGUGGCUGCUGCCGGCUACUGGUUCCUGUAUGAUGAUGAGGGUCCUGGGGUCACCUACUACCAGCUGUCUCACUUCAUGCAGUGCCAUGAUGAAAAUGAGGACUUCGUUGGCAUUGAUUGUGAGGUGUUUGAGGCUGCUCCACCUAUGACCAUGGCUCUGUCUGUCUUGGUGACAAUCGAGAUGUGCAAUGCCCUGAACAGUUUGUCUGAGAAUCAAUCUCUGGUGCGCAUGCCUCCAUGGAGCAAUGGCUGGCUGGUGGCCGCCAUGACCCUUUCCAUGUCCCUCCACUUCAUGAUCAUCUAUGUGGACCCAUUGCCUAUGGUCUUCAAGUUGACUCACUUGAACGUUGAACAAUGGCUGGUGGUACUGAAGCUCUCUUUCCCAGUCAUCCUCAUUGAUGAGGUAUUGAAGUUUGUCGCCCGUAACUACGUGGACGUCUAAACCAGUGCCCCCCUCCCUCAGUUUCAAGUAUCAAAAGCAAGUUAUGGUACCGGUGUAGAGAUGAAAAGUGGGAGUGAACGAAACGGGAGAUGAUGGUGAGAAGAGGAAAGAAUGGAGGAAGACGAAAAAGGAAAGAGUGUUUAACAUCCAGAGAAACUUCCACGAGUCCGUUUACAACACAGAGAGGACAAAAUCAUCAGAAAAUGAUACAAAAAAUCAUAAAAAAUCAAAAAUACAAUGUUGUUGCAGAGAUUAAUAUAUAGGUCAACCCUUUCCAAAAUAGUGUUUGAUUUACGAAGUAUUGUAUUCUUAAAAUUACUAAUAAAUGUAUUAAAACACA